AAAAAUGGAUUAAUUUUUAUUUUUUAUUUUUUAUUUUGGGGACUUUUAAAUUGGGUUGGUCAAUGAUUCGUGCACAUGAAUCGCGUGAUCACAAGUGUGAAUGCAAUAUGGUCAUUUUCAGAGGGAUUUUAAUAUUUAAUGAUAUGCGGUUCUUCGAAUGGUGAUUUCCUAACAUGAUCCUCCAUAAUUUCCAACAACCAUCAACGCUUCUUCUUCAAAUUCCUUCAUUUUCAGCAACCCCAGAAAUCAAAAGAACUUUUCUCAAAUCCAAAUUCCCGAAAAACUCAAACUUGAAAAUAAUGGCUGGUCAAGAAAGCAUCAAAGAAACGUUUUUUAUAUCCCAUGGAACUCCAAUGAUGGCAAUUGAUGAGUCAAAACCUUCGAGAAAGUUCCUUGAAAGUUGGAGAGAGAAAAUCUACUCCAAAAAACCAAAGGCUAUUCUCGUCAUUUCUGCUCACUGGGAAACUGAUUCCCCUUCUGUUAAUUCUGUUGAUGUCAAUGAUACUGUCUAUGAUUUUGGUGGCUUCCCUGCUCGCUUGUAUCAGUUCAAGUACCCGGCUCCAGGGUUUCCAGAUUUGGCUAAAAGGGUACAAGAACUUCUUACUGCAUCAGGGUUCCAAUCUGUGCACACUGACAAGAAACGCGGGCUUGAUCAUGGUGCGUGGGUGCCUCUGAUGCUGAUGUAUCCUGAGGCUGACAUCCCUGUUUGUCAGCUCUCUGUCCAAUCACACUUGGAUGGAAAACACCACUUUAACUUGGGACGAGCAUUGGCUCCCUUGAAGGACGAAGGUGUACUCAUCAUUGGUUCUGGAAGUGCAACACACCCUUCGAAUGGUACCCCUCAUUGUAAUGACGGAGUUGCUCCGUGGGCUGCAGAUUUUGAUCUCUGGCUUGAAACAGCUCUGACUAGUGGAAGGUAUGAAGAAGUGAAUAAAUGUGAAAGGAAAGCACCAAACUGGAAAUUGGCACAUCCAUGGCCAGAGCACUUCUAUCCACUGCAUGUAGCUAUGGGAGCUGCUGGUGAAAAUUCGAAGGCAGAGCUCAUCCAUAACAGCUGGGAUCAUGGCACCAUGUCGUAUGGCUCCUAUAAGUUCUCUCCCAACUGAUCUUUUUACCUUUGUAACACUAGUGUUGUUGAAUUAUCUUUUUAGCCCCAUUGAUAUUGUUGUCAACAAUGAAUAAAUCCGAGCAGCAGAGCGACUAUGCUUGAGUGCUAAAUUCCUUAUAUUGUUCGAUAUAUACGCCAUAUUUAGUAAUGGAAUUGGACUUGUUGAUAUGAAA